AUGGAUAACUUCGAGUACAGCAUCCAGCUGAACGACCGCGACUGGGCUGAGUUCUUGCGGGCGGUGGAGGAAUGCAACCAAGAGCCGGCUGCCCUGGCCACAGCAGAGGAGCAGUGCCUCAGUGACAUUGAGCAAGGGGACGGUGUGCCCGCUCCGUGCAGCAUCAGGGCAGGCGCCGAGCCAGGGCUUGGCAAGGCGAGCUGUUCCCCACGUGGGCUGUGCGGAGAGGACGAAGCAGAUCUGUGCUCAUCCACUCUACGUGAAGGCAAGCAGCCCGUCUGCCCUCUGUUUGCUGCCAUGCCCAGCGUGCAGGGCAGGCAGCCGCCCCAUCCACCUGCAGCUGAGGGCACCGCGGGGCAGGAUGCAGCGUCGGGAGAGGGAGAUGCUGGCAGCGGGGCCAUGGAGCAUGCUGAGCACCCUGCUGCGCCCUGUGCCCAAGGAGAAGACGCCGAUAGGCAGCCCUGUGGGAGCCCAGUAGUGGCACAGGGUGGUGCCCAGGAGGCUACUGCAUGGAAAAGCCAUGCUGGGGUGCCAGGACCUACCCAUGAGCACCCUGCUGCAGAGCCUGCUGCAGAGCUUGGGGAGAAAGCAGGCAGCCAGCCCAGCGUCCUGGAGGUGGUGAGACCCAAAGUGCCAGCAUCAGCAAGGAAGAGCCGCAAGCAGCGUGGAGUUGGUGGCACCGAGGUGACCCCUGGGGACAAGGAGCCAGCAGGAAGCCCGGUGAGGGGCAGCACAGCAUCCAGCAGGGCCCCCUCGUCUUCCCCACUGACCUCAAGGAAGGGCAAAGGGAAGGAGAAGGCGGCCAAAGCAGCACCCAUGAGGCUGAGCAGUGAGGAGGCUGCGGAGAGCAAACGGCCGACGGGCAGCCCUGGUGUGGAGCUGGGGGUUGUGCCCCCCAACGUGUCCCCAAAGCUGAAGGCAAAGGAGUCAGGAGCACAGUCACCAGGGAAGGCAAGGGCCACCAAGCUGGCCAGGCAGGUGGGGGGCACAGGGGCGUGUGACACUGUGCCAGUGGUGGUCACAGCACCGGACACCACGCCAGUGGUUGUCACCCCAUCUGUUGUUGUCGCUAUACCAGAUGCCACGCCAGUGGUUGUCACCACACCAGUGGUUGUCACUGGGCUGGGAGAGCCGUGCCAGGAGGGGAAGGCUCUCGGUCCCCAAAGUGUGGCUGCUGCUGCUGGGGGCUGCAGGGAUUUCACAGCCAGCCCCCCCCAGGAGAUGGGCUCCCCAACAUUCACAGCUGGGGGCUCUCCUGGGGCAAGCACCCUGGAUGUGACAUGGCCUGAGAUGUACGAGUAUUUGUUCUGUGAGUCCCAGGGGGAAGAAGAAGCAGCAGAGAACACGGUGGAGGGUGAGAAAACGCCCUUGGAAAGGGAAAUAUCCUUGCCUGAACUGUAUGAGUAUUUUUUCAAUGAACCUGAAGGAAGUAGGAAAAAAGCCAAGCGUAAGGAGAGGAAGAGGAAGGAGUUCUUUGGCUUGCACCACGCUGAGCUGCAAAAGGAGGAUCCCGAAGCGGCUACAGCCAAAGAGCCCCCGGUUGCCACAGUGCCUGAGCUGUAUGAACACUUCUUCCCCGACAGACCCCAGCGCAGGGGGGGCUGGAGGGGAUUUCUCUUCUAUUCACCAGCCUCUGAGGUGAGGAAAGCCAUGGGGGCUCUGAUGUCCAUCCUGCAGAGGCCAAAGCCACACAGCACAACCCAAGCGCUGACCUCCCCAUCACUGGCACGGAGUGGGUCCCACCUUGCCCUGGUGCCACUGGGAGGGGGUCCUGAGUAUCCACCAGCUUUGGACAUGGCCCUUGCACUGAGAGGCAGACCCGAGGCCCCGCUGGCGCUGACCCACAAGGACAUGUGCCUUGUCUUCUGUGCCUUUGCCUCCUGGGCGGUGAAGACCUCCGACCUGCAGGCUCCGGAUGCCUGGAAAACCGUGUUCCUGGCAAGCUUUGGCACGCUGUCUGCCAUCCGCUACUUCCGACGGCAGGUCAGGGAAGGACGGCCCCGCAACUAGCCCCAGGAUAGCACGUACCCAAGGACAGCUGAGGAUGGGCACCUUGUUCUUGGGCAGCACGAGGAGCCCAGAGCCCAGCACUGAGACUUCUGAGGAGCCAUCCCCAAAGGGGACAAGAUGUCACGGGGAGCAGGAUCCUUCCGGUGACAACACGGUAGGCGGUUUGUACCUGUGCCGGACAGGAGAGGAGCCUGGAGUGGGCCAGCUCUGUUCUUUCUUUGCACACUUCUUGCAUAUUUAUGCUGCCUGCAAGGAGCAGGAUUGGCACCCGACCUCCCUGUGGGGGUCACCCACUGGCAAAACACCGAGAUGGAGAGCAAAAAGAACAAACAGAAAAAGUGCUUCAUGUUCUACAAAAGGGAUCGGGGCUGUGCACUGGGAAGAGCCCUGGCAAGGACAGGAGCGUG